GAGGCCACCUACCGCGCCGCCGCAUCGGAUCCCCUCCCCACUCCGCUCAUCCCCUUGGCGCUCCAAACCCUAGCUCCAAUCCGCACAAAACCAAAACAAAUCUCCUAAAUUCCCACAAAUUUUCGUCCCAGACCCCUCGCGGGUGCUCCUCGAGGGUGGUGAUGCUAUGAUGCACAUGCUGGUGGCCUCGGAUGGAGGCGGGGGAGAGAUGCAUCCGUACGCGGCUGUGCCGGCGGAGCAGGAACUGGAGCUCCACCGCGACAACGCCGACGACAGCCUCGACGGCCACGUCCGGUGUCUGCGGUGUGGUAUAUCCGGUAAUGCGACGCCCCAUAUGCGGCGUGGUCCGGAUGGCCCAAGAACUCUUUGCAACGCAUGCGGCAUUGCUUACAGGAAGGGGAAAAUGAGAAGAAUGAUAGAAGCUGAACCACCUAUAGAUGAGGCUUCGCUUGCUAAGCUGGUUCCUGAGGUGGACAUGGAAUUUGAUAGCGAGGAAAAAUCAUAUGAAUUCUACAAUAAAUAUGCUGGGCAUAUUGGUUUUAGUGUUAGAAAAAGCACAUCACAUAAAUCUUCUGAAAAUAUUACCAAAGUAAGGACAUUUGUGUGCUCAAGAGAGGGUUACAACAGGGAUAAGAAGUCAUUGGAAGCCAAGAAGCCAAGGUUAGAUACAAGAAUUGGCUGUCCAGCACGGUUGAUUAUUAAAGUAACACCAGAGUGUAAAUAUAGAGUCACUGAUUUUAAAGCAGAGCACAAUCAUCAGCUGGCCCCUCCUUCGACGAUGCAUAUGCUAAGGUCACAGAGGAUAUUGACGGAACUUCAGACUGGGGAAACUGAACUGUCAGAUGAUUCUGUAAUGACACCAACAACAAAAGCAACUGGUGAUCUUGUUGUGAGACAAGUUGGUUUCCUUCGAAAUAUUUCUCUCCUCCCAGCAGAUUAUAAGAAUUAUCUCCAUUCAAAGCGCAUGAAGGCGAUGCAACCUGGUGAUGGUGGAGCCAUAUUAAAAUAUUUGCAGACUAUGCAAAUGGAUAAUCCCUUGUUCUUUUAUACCAUGCAGAUUGAUGAGGAUGACAAGCUAACCAACUUCUUUUGGGCAGAUCCAAAAUCUAGAGAUGACUUCAACUACUUCAGUGAUGUGCUCUGUCUAGACACAACAUACAAGAUAAAUGGAUAUGGCAGGCCAUUGGCUUUAUUCCUUGGCGUGAAUCAUCACAGACAAACAAUUAUUUUUGGUGCAGCUUUGCUUUAUGAUGAAUCAUUUGAGUCGUUUAAGUGGCUGUUUGAGAGUUUUAAGAUCGCCAUGCAUGGGAAACAGCCAGCGGUAGCUUUAAUAGAUCAAUCUAUUCAGUUGAGUAGUGCAAUGGCUGCAGCCUGGCCAAAUACUACUCAGCAAGUUUGUGCUUGGCAGGUAUAUCAGAAUUCUGUAAAGCACCUGAAUCAAGUUUUCCAAGGUUCAAAGACAUUUGCAAAGGAUUUUAGCAAAUGUGUCUUUGGCUAUGAGGAAGAGGAAGAAUUUGUGUUUGCAUGGAGAAGUAUGCUAGAGAAGCAUGAUCUUAGGCAUAAUGAGUGGCUGGCUAAACUAUUUGAUGAGAGGGGAAGAUGGGCAUUGGCAUAUGAUAGACAUAUAUUUUGUGCUGACAUAAUAAGCUCACUUCAAGCUGAGAGUUUCAGCAGUGUUUUGAAGAAAUUCUUGAGCCCUCAACUAGAUCUGCUCUCCUUCUUCAAACACUAUGAAAGAGCAGUAGAUGAACAUCGUUACGCUGAGCUCCAAGCUGAUUUCCAAGCUAGCCAAAGUUAUCCAAGAAUACCCCCAGCCAAGAUGUUAAAGCAAACAUCCCAUACAUAUACUCCAGUGGUGUUUGAGAUCUUUAGAAAAGAGUUUGAACUGUUCAUGGACUCUGUGUUAUUCAGUUGUGGAGAGAAUGGGACGACCUCUGAGUACAAAGUUGCUCCCUCUGAGAAACCCAAGGAACACUAUGUUAGAUUUAACUCAAGCGAUAACUCCUGUAUGUGCACUUGUAGGAAGUUUGAGCAUAUGGGUAUUCCAUGUUGUCACAUGUUGAAGGUGUUUGAUUACAGAAAUAUCAAAGAGUUGCCUCAGAGAUAUAUGUUGAAGCGAUGGAGAAGGACUGCCAAGUCUACAGAUGAAGACCACCAAGGCCAUGCAGCAAGUGACAACAGGUUGUCAUUAAACGUCGCUGUACCUUCUGCAAAUAACCACCAUGGACUCCAAAGCAUCAAUGCAAGGAUUCAAGACACAUCUCUUUCUAGUAUGCAUGAGAACCCAUUUCAUAGAAGCUCAUAAUGAAGGUCGCUUCAGUCUGAAGAUUUAUGCUUCCACCAUGUGUACCUUGUCAGACGUCAUAAUACUGACGGUUCAAGCAGUGAAUAGGGCAGUUGGGACUUGGGAGCCCCGGGAAUAAGUUUCAGAACUUGUAAAUUAUUAUGCAGCCGUAGGAAAUUUGAGCUGUUGAGGCGCCCAUCCUUAGCAUAGUCUAGAUGCUGAUACAACUCCGUGCUUGUAUUGCACCGGAAAUGAUUCAGAUUUUUUUUUGUAUUCAUCCAAGCCCAUUUGUUCCAAGUGAAAGAAAAUCAAUUUACCAACCCAGCUUACUGCGUGCCCCAGAAAGGUACAUAAACAGAGACUGCUUCUGUGCCUGUACAGCUGAAACUUGUGCA